AUGUACAUACGGUACCAGGUAGCUAUGAUAGUUGCUGGUACCAGUUUCGAUACCGUGGGGGGCAAAGAGAGAGGUAAAAACACGUAAAGUUGGGGAUUUGGGAACAGGGGCAAUUGAGAUGUCACAGGUGCAAUGUACAACAAAAAGCAUAGUAAAAAAUGCUCACCCCUGUACUCCAAAAACCUGAAACCACCCCCACUAUUUUGAAUGCAGGUCUCGGAUUUUCAUACAGCUUCCGUGCUUUGACUGAGUGCUAGCCUCAACAACAGAGCCACCAACCACCUCCGACAGGCUUCCAAUGCUGGUAUCUCCUUGUCAAGUCAAUAACUUUGGACCCGCUUCAGGCAUUAUCUCAAGCAUACCCGUCAGCACACCUGGGCCGACGGAGGUCCACUCUGGUGAUAGUUUGCCAUUGCAUCUCUGCCAUGUUUUCCAUCGAGGUAGCUGUGUUUCUGCGUCUCGUCAAAGAGAGGCAUCUGCUGUUGAUGAACGCUUGGGUUCCUCUUGAUUUCAUGGCCCGUCAAGUAGAUGAAGAGAUUGACAAUGAAGAUUCCCCCGUAAACACCAGAACCCUGAGAAGAGAGCUGCGAAAGGCCAGUCUUCUGGGCCGUCCCUUCGUUGAGACGGACGAUCCAAGCCUCCGAAACAUUGUCAAGAUCUUCACCACAAACAAGAAAGUCUUCCAUCGAAAAGAGUCAGUGAUUGGAACAAAAGAUGGGAAAAAGAAAAAGGACUUUGUGUACGUACAAGAAAGAGGCAAAGCACCCUUCGAGUGGCCUGCAACGGAACAACGCAUCACAAAACACUUCCAGGAUCAAUAUGACUUCUUUGGUCGCCGAAUUGUCUUGAAUAUCCAGCCAACAGCGGAGCAGACGACAACAUGCAAUCAACAAGCACGGCCUCGUGCGGUUACUCCAACCGAGACUGAAGCAAUCCUCCAGCCUUGCAACCGCGAUAUCCGAGCGCUGUUUGACGGAAUCUUGGACGACAAAGCCCUCGCACGGCUUGACAUCGAUGAACGAUCUGUUGCCUUGCUCCGAAAUCGUGUAAAAGAUUUGAGCCAUGAUCUCCAUAAAGCAGCUGUUAAGGAUAGAUACAAUUCUAGUGAGAGAGACAACAUUGUGCAAUACCAGAAGAAGGACAUAGCAACGCUAGACGAAGACUUGUAUCCAACACUUACCCAUCAGUUUGGUGUUCCACUCUCGAUUGAUGCUUUUAAAGCCCUUGGAUCUGCAGUCGGAAUGGUGGCUCAUGAUGUGCCAGAGGCGUUAGAUUGCUUCCUCGACAGCACCGGAUACAAGUCGUCGAAACAAUCAACGUCGAAUGACGGAUUAAUGAAAGCAACCGUCCCUUCAAGCAAUGCGGCAAGACUCUACGCGAACGCAAAGAAUUGGAUGCCAACGGCACUUCAAGCUGCCAUUCGAGAGGAUUCGGAGCUGACAAGGAAAGAUGCCGUGGUGGCGUUUGCGAAAGUCCUGUGGACUGUCGACAAAGGAGCGUUUAGUGAGGUGUGCUCGUUGAAGUGGAAAGAAACUGCAAAGAAGAUUGAUCCAUACCAUCAGAAGGCUCUUCGGUUUGAGUCUGGUAUGUCUGAUCGCCAGUUUGAGAUUGUCCGGAAGUAUACCAUCCAUGCGCUGAACAGAAACUUUUGGCAGCCAGUAGAGAAAGUAAGAGCUCUGGACAGUGAGUGUUUUCCACCAUUCCGUAUCAAGUUCAGAGAUAACCAUCGAAACAGAGUUUGUUGGUACAGACCAAUCGACAAAGCGUUCAAGUGGUUGAUCAACAAAGAUCUUACCAGCACUGGACCAACGGUAUUGAACCGUACCGACGUGAGCCAAAUCAAGGAGUGCCACAUCCUCCUUGGCGGAGAUCACGGUCAAGGAGCUUUCCAUGUGGUGGUAACAGUGCUGUUGUUUUUCAAGAAUUCCAGUCUCGCUUUUCAAGGGGACAUCCUCUGUGGACACAUCGAUUGCCAAAAAGACACCUACGCAGUUCUUGAGCGAACCAUUACAGAUCCCUUGAACAACUCCCUGAAUAGAAUUGGAAACGAGUUAGCUUUCUGUCAGGCUCCUGAUGGCAGUCUCUACGUUGCUUGGGGCUCAAACUCACCAGAUGUCAGGGCCUAUCGUGGAGUGGAAGAGAAAGCUGUUCGUCAUAUUGGUGUCCAUACUGUCAGUGGGGAUGGCAUGAAUGGCAGACGAAGAAGCUGA